CAUGACCUAACCUCACCUAACCUACAUCCUCUUAUGCUCUUCCUCUAUUUUUCAUUCUCACACACGUAAGAGCUAGUCAAAGGUCACACAUACCCUUGGCGCGUGACAAAACCAACCCAACACUCAACUUCACUAAUCUAAAUCUCACCGCACAAGUCUCUAUCAAACACACAGUUUCAAUCAAACUCACCCUGUUCUUUCCCCCAACACCUACAAAAUAUAUCCCAAACACUUUCACUUUACACUUUCUAUUCUUUAAUCCCAUCUUUCUUCCACAACCAAACAAAAACACACACCAAAACAAAUGGCUCACCGUUCUUCCCGGCGGCGAAACACUGCACCGCCGGAAUCAACUCCACCUUCUGCUCCGGGAGGUCCGCCAGUUCCGGCAAAGCAACCUAGACCCACGAUCUUCUCACCUUCUCCUUCUCAUUACACUAAGCCAAACUCAGAUUUGAUUCAGGCUACUAAAUCUUCUUUUUUGGUUAAACCCUUUCAAAGCCUUAACUUAGGUAGCAAAAAAACCAAACAUUCUCAAACCAAACAUGUUGACUCACGUUUGCAGACAAAAUCCAUGACAACCUCAGCUAUAUUCGAAUCCUCAAAACCCAACAAAACCCACAACGCACAGAACACAGUACUAACACCAAAGCUUGAAAAAGAGAGUAUUUUUUUGACCUCAAAGAAAACCCAUAAAGAGAAACCUCAUAAACCGGGUUCAGAAUUGGAAAGGUGGAAACUUCAGGGGUUGUUAAAGAACGAGAAGAAGGAAUCUUGUAAAGGGUGUGUUGUUGAAGAUGUUAAAGAUGUUAAAGAUGAAAAAUCAAGGAAAGUAGCUGUUGUGGAAGAAGCGAAUGUUGUUAAGGAGAGAGUUUCUGUUCCUAUGGGUCAAAGUGGUGGAAGAAGAAAAUCGUUAUGUGGAUCAAUGGUUGAUUUAGGUGAUUUCUUUGCAAUCAAUGGAGCGAAAAUGGUGUCGGCUGAUAUGCCACCGUUUAUGCAGAUCCAUGCUGUUGAUUGUGCUAGAAAAGCUGUUGAUAGUAUGGAGAAAUUCACUUCAAAAACCCUUGCAUCUUCUCUCAAGAAGGAAUUUGAUGGGGUGUAUGGGCCAGCAUGGCACUGUAUUGUGGGGACUAGUUUUGGUUCAUUUGUCACCCAUUCUGUUGGAGGGUUUCUAUAUUUCUCAAUGGAUCAGAAAUUGUACAUCCUUUUAUUCAAGACUGCUGUACAAAAAGCAGAUUGAAGGGAAGGUGGUGACUUUGGCAGUAAUCAGAACAAGAAAGAAUUUUGGUAUAGAUUUGUUAUAUAGAAAGUUAAAAAAAAGGCUUAGAGUGGUAACUUCCUUUGUAUAUUGCUUAUGCUUCUGAAAUGAAUCACCCAUUUGUGUGUGAAGAUUUGAAUGAUUUGUAACUAAUGGCCACAGGUUGAAGAAAUCAAUUUUACAGCCACAGGUGGUCACAGUUGUUGAUGCUCUAUGUCCAACAUGUCUCUAUCCUUUUGAAUGAAAUCAAAUUGAACGUAUAGUAGUUAGCUCCAAAGAUAGAAUUACUAUUAGAAUUUGAUAUCUUUGUUAAACUUUAUUGUAUGAUCAAAUACAAUAGAAGAAUCUAUCUGUCACAAUUGUUGCUGUGUAAUCUACAUUGUAUCUAUCUUUGUUACAUAAAUCACAUUGAUUGUGUAUA